AUCUAUUACACGUUUACUGUGUGGGCAAAUGUGACCUUAGUGAGAAAAUGGAACUUUGAAUAUACAUCAAUAUUUUUCCAAGCGCACAUGUAAGUAAUGCACAAGCAGAAAAUGUCACGAGCCAUUUCCAUCGCAACUAAAUAUAAUGACUCUUCGCUCACUCCAAUAAAAUAUGCUUCGCAAGAAGUGUACGUUUAUAAACCUCGCCUGCUCAAACACCAGAAUGUGCUGACACGUAAAGCCGCAAGCGAGAACUAUGCUGACGUCAUGGAGCUGGAACUCGCUCAGCAUGCUUGGUUUGCAUCCCUUUCGGAUUAUUAACUCGCACAGUGUGCAUAUCCAUGUUUGAGAAUACCUAAAAACGAUUCUGGUACAAACUUGUUCCCUUUUUCGAUUUUGCGCUGGCGAGCUUGAGUACAUUAAAUGUACUCAAGCUCACAGAAAUUCUUAUUUGUGAAAGCACAUCCUUCGCACAAAGCUGUGGCACCCAAAACAUGUGUGAGCGAAACGACUGCGCUGGUGACAACAUGCGCACGAUGAUGUGGUCUAAAGUGAAAAGAAAGAAGAGACAGAAGAUAUGGUCUUAUCCAUACUCUUGAUUGUUACGAUAGCAGAUCAUCUUCGAUGCGAUUAUCGCAAGCUGGGCUAUCCUGAUUUGCGCCAUCAUACUUUGCUGAUGAAAGGUUUCUUACUUUCACUAUAGCUCACAACAUCCUAUUGUAAACCUUAUACUCUUGGCUAUUUCUUUCCUGCUUAUACCUUCUGUAAAUCACAAAGUCCGUUUCUUUUAUUAACACUGAAAAAAAUGCUCAAACAAAUUCUUGUUGGUUAUGUCGUCGAGUUUUUUGUAAUGUUUGUAUGUAAUCGCGCAUUCUUGAGUGUAACGCCAGGAGAAGAAGCGGGAUUUUAUUGCAAGGUGCCACUAUGAUGUACGUGUCGCGCAGCUGUCUGGAUACAAAGAAUCGUAUGACGCAAAAGUCGACAAAGUGCAAAACCAAAGAAUACAAUCUGACAAUCAAGUAAACGACGCGGCUUUAGUUGGACAAGCUGUGCGUUGAGUCGUGUGUAGAAAUUUUGGAGAAGAGAAUUUAUUGCCGUCGCUGUUGCCAUUUUAAUGCUUUUACAAAUCUCACACUUUUUUCAUUUG